UACUUUAUACCUCACAGACUCAAAACUUCAGUGUUUCAGAUAAGACUAGUCUUAGACCAUGAGAGUUUAUGCCAAUGUUCCACUGUAUGCAAAUAAACCCUAGGCCAGGUCCUCUUCUUACUGACACCAGUUGCAACGUUCCCUAUAUUUUUAAUGACUGAGUAAUUAGAUCCAUUUUCACUUCUCUGCAAAUAUGGUUCCUUCUGUUAUAUUCUCUCUCCUAUUGACACCACCUUUUCCCAGUUCUGCAUACACACAUGGCUUAUCUCACACACAUAGGUUUCAAAUGUAAUAAACUUUAUUGAUCUCAAAACUGAACCCACAGCUGUAAAGAGUUAUUGAUGCAAAUAGUGCGUCUCAGCCUCCUUCCAUUUACUUCUUCACACAGCAACACUAAUAUGCACUACAGCAUCUGCUGUUAUUACUUCACUGAAGUAGGCUAUUGGUGGUAGAGGCUAUGCCUAAUGUAGAAAACUAUUUAGAAUUACUCCCAUUAUUUCUCCUGAGAAAUUUUGUUUUGCAAAUCCUUUAACGUCCUUAUUUCUUUGCAUCUACCUAGUAAUAUCCCUUAUUCCCUCUGCCUUUUUAGUAACAGUCUUGCUUCCAGGAAAUAUCUUUUUAACAUUGCUGGAGUCACAGUAACACGGAACAUUACAGGCAAAAUUGAAAAAGAACCUUAAAAUUAAAUACUUAUUUAAAAGUGCUGUGUAGAGAACUUCCUAAUCCACUGUGACAGAAGAUAUUGUAGAAAUACUCUGCCAAAAUGGCUUUUGGUGGGAUCAGGGCAUCCCAGGACAAACAAAAGAAGAAAAUGCCUGAAGAAUCCCUAGAUAUAAAUACACCUGCAAAUAUAUGUAAGCACACGCACUUACGUAAUGUAAUUACGCAUACGAACACUAUUAUUAAAUUCUCUUCCUUAUUGCCAAUUUCCUACUCCCACACAACACCGAGGCCCUCCCUCAGCUCCCACCGCGCAUGCGCGCACAGCGCACGGUCCCGCCUCGCCCGCGCACAGCCAGUGUCUCCCCAGGAGGAAGGAAUGAGAGUUUUGUCUUAUGGCUGCUCCAGGAAAGGUGGCAGCUUUCCGUCUGCCUCCCCUGCCAACUAUUGGAGAGAUUAUUAAACUCUUUCGCCUUAAAGCACUGAAACAGCUUUCCCAGAACUUUCUACUGGAUUUGCGAUUGACAGACAAGAUAGUGAAACAGGCUGGUGAGCUGAAGAAUGCCCAUGUUUGCGAGGUGGGCCCUGGGCCAGGAGGAAUUACCAGGUCCAUUCUCAGUGCUGGUGUUGAACAACUGCUUUUAAUUGAAAAAGAUGCUCGAUUUAUUCCAGGAUUGCAGAUACUGUCUGAAGCAGCUCCAGGAAGAGUGCGCAUUGUUCAUGGAGAUAUCCUGACUUAUAAGAUGGAGAAGGCAUUUCCAAAGCACUUAAAAAAGAGCUGGGAGGAUGAGCCACCAGAUAUACAUAUCAUUGGCAAUCUGCCCUUCAGUGUUUCAACUCCUCUCAUCAUCAAGUGGCUUGAGAAUGUUUCAAAAAGGGAUGGACCUUUUAUUUAUGGCAGGACACAGAUGACGCUGACUUUUCAAAAGGAAGUUGGGGAGAGACUCACAGCUAACCCAGGAAGUAACCAACGCAGCAGGCUGUCCAUCAUGGCUCAGCAUCUCUGCACUGUGGAAAACUGUUUCAUAAUUCCAGGUCAAGCUUUUGUUCCAAAGCCAGAGGUGGAUGUGUCUGUGGUGCAUUUCACUCCAUUGGUGCAACCAAAGAUACAGCAGCCAUUUGAGCUGGUAGAAAAGGUGGUUCAAAGUGUUUUUCAGUUUAGAAGAAAAUACUGCUUCCGUGGAAUUGAGACCUUGUUUCCUGAAAAUGGGCGCUUGAAAAGAACAGAACAGCUGAUGAUGACGGCAGAUGUUGAUCCAACUCUGCGUCCUUUUCAGCUCUCUAUGUCACAGUUUAGAAACUUGUGCAAUGCAUACAGGAAAAUGUGUGAUGAAGACCCAAGCCUUUUUGUGUUCAACUACAGAGAAGAACUACGGCAAAAGAAGAAGACAAGAAGUUUACUUGGAAGUACUGGUCAACCUGAACAGACUGAAGAGGAAAAUCAUCUGUAACAGCACAAGUCUGAUUUUUUUUAUUAGUUUUAACUCCUUGAUCUACAGGUGUUGACUCAGUAAAAGAAGGUCUAGGUGGUCCUACAUCUAUGAAAGACCUACUUUUGAGAAAGUGGUAGAGGGAGAGGGUAUCUCUCUAUUCCAUUCAGCAGCAGACAAAAGGGAAAAGGCAAUCCAGGUUCUUUUUACUUCAGGAGAAGGGCUAGAACACAUACGAAGAAACAAGGUACGUUGUGAGAAAGGUAAUUAAGUUGCAAUACUUCUGAUAUAACUGAAUUUUAUAUGAAUGAAAGUGCUUUACUGAAAUUGAAGAAAAAUACUUUUCAGACAUCACCACAUAAGAUGGUGUUUGGGUUUUUGUGCUUUUUUUAUCCUGGAACAUCCUCCUGUGCAGAGUAAUUUAAAAACCAGAAGCCAAGACUCUUAUAAAUACACUCAAGUGACUGGCUUACGGGAGGAUAAAGUGCACCAAUUGCCUCAAGGUCUGCUAAUACUCUUCUCAUUUAUGCAGAAGCAAAGAAUUUGGGAUUUAAAGCUCCAACUACAGAAAAGCAGCACAAUAAAAAGUAGAAAACAUGGCUAAUA